CAGUUUGUUCAUCAGUCAGCAGCAGUUGUGUCAUUCAUUAUUUUUCGUGCGGGUGUGUUUAGGCGGAACUGUGUUUGCGAAAUUGUUUUUAUUUGUGUAGAUGUGGUUGAUUUUCUACGAUGCCUUUAAUUUAUGUCUUUGGUUUGUUUACUGAAUUAAGUGUAUAAAUAUUUAGUGCGAAUGUGAAAAAUUGGACUUUGAUUUGUGUGGGCUUGUGCGAUUGUGUUCAUCAUGCCGGGUCUUAUUGGUAUCGGUGAAUUUAUUGAGGAAACCCGAGAAGAUUACAGUUCGCCAACCACUUCUACAUUUGUGUCGCGAAUGCCACAAUGUCGACAGACUAUCAACGCACUGGAAGAAACCUUGGAUUUCGAUCGGGAAGGACUAACAAAAUUAAAGAAGGCAAUAAAAGCAAUACACAAUUCCGGAAAUGCACACGUGGACAACGAGAUGUACCUAUCGCGGGCGCUGGAGCGACUGGGCGGUAACGCGCUCAGCAAGGACUCGGAACCAGAUAUCGGCGCCGCGUUCUUCAAGUUCGCCGUCGUCACCAAGGAACUCUCUGCGCUCAUGAAGACUUUGAUGCAGAAUAUAAACAAUAUAGUCAUGUUCCCAGUGGAUAGUCUAUUGAAAGGUGAUCUCAGAGGUGUCAAGGGUGAUCUAAAAAGGCCAUUCGAUAAAGCUUCCAAAGACUACGAGUCCAAGUACCUGAAAAUUGAGAAGGAAAAGAAAUCACAGGCGAAAGAAGCCGGUCUUAUAAGAACAGAAGUAACACCGGCCGAAAUAGCUGAUGAAAUGGAGAAAGAAAGAAGAUUGUUUCAAUUGCAAAUGUGCGAGUACCUGAUAAAAUUCAACGAGAUAAAGACGAAGAAGGGUAUCGAGUUAUUACAGCACCUUGUGGAAUAUUACCACGCGCAGACGAACUACUUCCAGGAUGGGCUGAAGACGAUUGAACACUUCGGCGUGUACGUGGCCGACCUCAGUUCCCAACUGCAACGAAUCCGACAGCAGCAAGACGACGAGCGUCGGGGUUUGCUUGAGCUCAGGAACAUGUUGCGAGCGGCGGCACCGCCUGACAGAGAGGUGACAUCAUCAGUGGGAGGAUAUUCAUUGCACCAGCUUCAAGGUGACAAACAGCACGGUGUGACGCGGAGUGGGUAUUUGUUAAAGAAGUCGGAAGGCAAGGUGCGCCGCGUGUGGCAGAAGCGACGCUGCAGAGUAGCCGCCGAGGGUUACCUAGAUAUAUUCCACGCGGAUGAGAACAAACCACCAGCGAGAGUUAACUUGCUCACCUGCCAGAUUAAAGUCGCCUCCGAUGACAAGAGGGCGUUCGAUCUAGUCUCUUACAAUCGCACAUACCAUUUCCAAGCGGACGAUGAGAACGAGCAGCGCGCGUGGACAUCAGUACUGGUGAAUUGUAAGGAGGGCGCGCUGCUACGGGAGUUCCACCAGCAGGCGGGUGAGGGCGGGGGCGGCGGUGAGACGGACGGGGAGAGGCACUCUCUGGUCGACCUGCAGCGCGCCAUCAUACGAGCAGUGCGCUCGUUGCCCGGCAACCACGUGUGUGCUGACUGCGGCUCCACUAAUGAUCCUACGUGGCUAUCGACAAACUUCGGUAUAAUAGUAUGCAUAGAAUGUUCUGGAAGUCACCGCGAGCUGGGGGUACACAUCUCGCGCAUCCAGUCGCUCACACUGGACAAGCUGAGCACGGCGCAGCUGCUGCUGGCGCGCCACAUGGGCAACCAGCUCUUCAAUGACGUCAUGGAGAACACGCUCGAUGAACGCGACAAGUUAACGCCGGAAAGUACCAUGGAGGAGCGGUUACGUUUCAUACGUGAGAAGUACGUGUACCGCGUGUGGGCGCUGCGCACUUGCCGCGACGCCGCAGAAAGACUGUCGGAGGUGCAGCACGCAGUCAACAACGCUCAGCUGCACAAUCUGCUGCAGGCGUACGCGGAGGGGGCAGAUCUUGCCGCACCGCUGCCGUGCUCGGACGGUGGAGAAACAGCCCUCCAUCUAGCGAUAUCCCGUGAGCUCGGCGACGGAUCCUGUCUACACAUAGUAGACUUUCUGAUACAGAAUGGCGGGUCGCAGCUGUUAGACAAGGCGACGACGUCCGGUAUGACGGCGCUGCACUUGUGCGCCAUGUUUGACAGAACUGAACCCAUGAAGCUGCUGCUGAAGGCCGGCGCCGACGUCACCCUCAGGGACAACAGCGGCAGGACCCCGCUCAUGUUGGCGCGCCAGUUGGGCCAUCUCGCUUGUCAGGAGUUGUUAGAGAGUGUGGACAAAAGGGAGAAGAGUAUUUUCGAGAACAUUAACAUCGAUUGGAAUCUAUCUCACGACGACGGCUCCACGGACUUCUCAGAUGACGACACCGUCAUAGACGAGAGACAUAACGGUAGUAUAACGCCUGAGAAGAAAUGUCCGCGGUCGCGGCCUCCGUCGUACGCGGGCGGCGCUGGGGGCGGGGGCGGGGGCGGAGUCGGGGGCGGGGGCGUUGCUGGGGGCGGGGACUCCCCCGUGCUGCGCUCGCGCUCCUCCACCUGCGACUCCCUGCACGCCCCGCCCACGCCCACAACACUGCCCAGGAAACCCAACGUCUAUAACAUCGGGAGUCUUAAGAAGCGAGCGGCGCCGCUGCCACCCGCGGUGGCGCUGUCACAUACGCCGCACCCUGCGCACGCGCAGCACCCACCCCUACCGCGCUCUACACCCUCACCCUCUGCAGACAGUACGCGUUCCAUACACGGAGGUGUGGUGAAACAUCGUCCCCAGCAGCCGCCGCCUACACCACCUCCCGUGCUGCACAACGGCUCUCACCACAGGGACGAACCCACCCCGCCCCCCAGAAAGAAGAAAAAUAGAUUGCACCUGGAAAAGGCUGUCAAUGCGAAACUGAGAAGGGAUUGUUCUAGUCAGGAUUCGUCGCUGGAGCUGUGCGAUGUGUCGGAGGUGUCGGAGAUGUGUGUCGCGGGGGCGGGUGUGGGGGCGGGUGUGGGGGCGGUGCGCGCGCGGCGCAGUGACAGCCGCUCGUUGGACGUGUCCGAUGCCUCCAGCGUGCACUCGCGCUCGCCUUCCACAUCCAUCACAAUGAUGGGCGGUGGUAUGCGUCGUUGUCGUGCGCUGUACGACUGCUCGGCGGACAACGAGGACGAGCUGUCGUUCCGGGAAGGGGAGGUGAUAGUUGUGAUCAACGAGCGCACAGAAGACGACGACUGGAUGGAGGGUCAGGUGGAGGGUACGACGAGACGCGGCAUGUUCCCCGUCUCCUUCGUACACAUGUUGCCGGACUAGGCCAAGGCAAGGAUAGAUCUCUCCUAGCGCACAAUAUGGUCAGUCAAGUGUUCAUACAACUAUGUACUCGUUCGAAGUCGGAUCUGUUUCACCGAAUAUGUUCUGAUUAGAUUUUAGUAGUCGAAGUUUGAGUAUUAACUUCCAAAGAAACACUAUCUACUAUCUCUUUUCGAAUUUUAAUAUAAUAACGAUUUUUAUAAACGCGUGCCGUAGCUGAAAUAAUUAGAGCUACUAAAAGGAAUUGCUGUUAACUUUCGAAGCCCAUUUGGCCUAAAGCUUUCGGAAUUCAUUUAUAUGAGCUUAUUUACUCUAGCAUUCUUGCAACAGAUUCUUAAACUUGCUCACUUUUGCAUGAGAUUUUUAUGUAAACAAAUACAUAGUUUUUUUUUUACUAUUUGAC